ACAACAGUAAUCUUGUUUUGUUACCAGACUAUAUAUACAUAGCAACAACGUUGUGUACGUGCACUCUCGCAGCAGAAAACAACGUAUCCACAUUGAUAACAUUUUGGGUUUUUGUACGUUACUUUAUUCACUUUUUACAGUUAUAAUCGAGUAAUAUAAUGCCUGAAUCAGAACAAAUGGAUCCUCCUCAGAUAUUUGUGGAGCGAACAUUGGCUCUUGUCAAACCGGAAGCGAUAGACAAAGCGGAAGAAAUCGAAGAAAUAAUUAUACAAUCGGGAUUCACCAUUUUGCAGAAACGGCGUGUGCAUCUGACUCCAGAACAAACGAGUGAUUUCUAUGCUGAACAUUAUGGCAAGAUGUUUUUCCCAUCGUUGGUUGCGUACAUGAGCAGUGGUCCGAUCAUGGCAAUGGUGUUGGCCAGAGAGAGUGCAAUUGCAUGCUGGAGGGAGCUGUGUGGUCCGACCAACACAAACAAAGCACGCGAGACACAUCCAGACAGUAUUCGAGCGUUGUAUGGCACAGAUGAUCAGAAGAACGCAGUGCAUGGAAGUGACAGUCAGUUCAGCGCCGAAAGAGAGAUCAGAUUUAUGUUCACAGAUAGCAUCGUUGAGCCAAUACCAGCUGGCCAAGCAGCCAAGGACUACCUGGCAAAAGUUGUCAACCCGACCCUUCUCAGAGGUUUGACGGAACUUUGUAAACAGAAACCUGAGGAUCCUGUGACAUGGCUUGCAGAUUGGCUGAUCAGUAACAACCCAAAUAAACCUCGGAUUGAUGAGCAAUAUCAAGUCAGCGAGCCAAUGUGAUCUUUUGGAAUUUUAGACAUUCAAGAACGUUAAGCAUUCACGUUGACAAGUCUCUUUAGGACACCGAGUUCUGGGCCCAAGUUUAUGAAGCUUCUGGAUGCCAUGGUCACACAAGACAAUGUUCACACAGGGCACAAUUUCAUGGCUUUGCAAACCAUUGAAUUCUGCGCUUAUGAUCCUCAUGCUUGGCUUGCACAGCAAUCGCUGAAUUUUUGUGCUUUUCUUGUAGCGUAGAAUGCCUAGUAACAAGGAGUACGCACACUCACAAGCAAAAUUCCCAGCUGACCUGUGAUAUUCGCUUGAAAAAGCGCAGAACUCCCUGCUUCCAUAAGCGACAAGUUUUUGCUUACGUAAGCAGAGUCAUAAAACUGGGCCCUGUUCCAGCCAAUCUCCAAGAAUGAAAUUCAGUUUUGUUUGGGAUAGUGAGUUUUUUGGCUAGAAGGACGACUCUUGUGCUAUCAAAUAGACUCUUCCCAUGAAAUAUGUAAAUUGCACAUAGUGCGUGCGCACUAACGUUUUGGUUGGCAAAAUGGGGGAACAUCGC